AACGCUGCCCUCGCUGGCGCAGAGCUUUGCGAGUGGGGCCGCCAGGGACCGGUGGCGAAGCGGCCCCCAGAACCCCCAGCUGCGAGAUGCUCCACGCCCUGGGCAGCUGGAGGAACAACUGUGCGUGCUCUGCGGAGGGCCGCCGAAUCAUGUCGAUGAGCCCAAAGCAUACGACUCCUUUCUCAGUGUCUGACAUCUUGAGUCCUUUGGAGGAAAGCUACAAGAAAGUGGGCAUGGAGGCCAGUAACUUGGGGGCUCCCCUGUCAGCCUACAGACAGUCUCAGGUUUCUCAGCCGGCCAUGCAGCAGCACCCCAUGGGCCACAACGGAACAGUGACUGCCGCCUACCAUAUGACAGCGGCAGGGGUCCCCCAGCUCUCCCAUGCUACGAUGGGGGGCUAUUGCAAUGGGAACCUGGGCAACAUGAGCGAGCUGCCGCCUUACCAGGACACCAUGAGGAACAGCGCUUCGGCGACAGGAUGGUACGGCACCAACCCGGAUCCGCGCUUUUCCUCAAUCUCCCGCUUCAUGGCGCCGUCCUCGGGCAUGAACAUGGGAGGCAUGGGCAGCCUCGGCUCCCUGGGAGACGUGAGCAAGAGCAUGGCCCCGCUCCAGAGCACGCCGCGGAGGAAACGGAGGGUCCUUUUUUCGCAGGCCCAGGUUUACGAGCUGGAGAGACGUUUCAAGCAACAAAAAUACCUCUCCGCCCCGGAGAGGGAACAUUUAGCCAGCAUGAUACAUCUCACCCCGACUCAGGUCAAAAUCUGGUUCCAGAAUCACCGCUACAAGAUGAAACGCCAGGCCAAAGACAAGGCUGCGCAGCAGCAGAUGCAACAGGAGAACGGCUCCUGCCAGCAGCAGCAGUCUCCCAGAAGGGUGGCGGUGCCAGUGCUUGUGAAGGAUGGCAAGCCUUGCCAAGCAGGCUCCAACACACCCACAGCAGCUAUCCAGAGCCAUCAGCAGCAGGCAGCUACAACGAUCACAGUGGCUACCAAUGGCAACAGCCUCGGACAGCAUCAGAGCCACCAGACAAACAGUGCGGGGCAGUCUCCAGACAUGGGACAGCACUCGGCCAGCCCUUCCUCUCUGCAGAGCCAAGUCUCCAGUUUGUCUCACCUAAACUCUUCUACUUCUGACUAUGGCACUGCCAUGUCUUGCUCCACCUUGCUAUACGGUAGGACCUGGUAAAAGGAUUAAACAAAAGGAAAAAAAAAAAAAGGCAAAAAGAAAUAAGAAAAAAAACCCAACAGAUUUUCCCAGUUACACAAAUCUCUGUCCUCUCCAAACUACUGUGUGCUUUUCUUCUUAUUUUUUUCUUAUUUUUUCUUUUUUUAUUUUCUUUUUUCUUCUUUUUUUUUUUUCUUUUCUUUUUUUUUUUUUUUUUUCUUUUUAAUGCUCUUCUCCCUUUCCCCCGUUUUACUGAGUGGUCUCUGCGGACCUCUAAGAGAGAGAUACACUUUUUUGUUCCGUUUUAUUGUUACUGUUGAUGGUUUGGGAUCUUUAUGUUUUUUCUCCCCCAAAGUUGUCCUAUGGGGUGUAUAAAAAUAUUCAGACUAAUAACCAUGGAGCAGUCUGCAGACAGGGGACCAUCUUUAGGCAUGGUCUGAAGACUUGGAUAUCAGAUGUACACUUUGCCAGCGUCUAGGACUUGCAUGUAAAUACAGAGAUUUUGGGGGAUGGGGUGGUUUUCCCCCCCAAAAAAACGCAUUCGCGUCACCCAGACACAAGAAGCAGCUUCCCCCUCCCCGGUCUCUCCCAGCCUGCCGCCAGGGCCAGCGGAUGGAGACGAGGAGUCAUCAAAGGCUUGGCUUUUAUUUUCCUCCUUACGUUUGAUGUGAACCUGUAGCUGUAUAAUGCUGUCAAAAGUUGGACUAAACCCAUAGUUUUUAGUAGCCUGUAUAUUUUGUUGUAAAAAGAAAAGGAAAAAAAUACAAUCAACCAAACCAACCCCCACCUUUUUUAUGGACACUGAUCACCCCGUCGUAAAUCCUCUGGCAGUUUGUUAUUUGCGCACGCCGCCUUUUCCUGUUGUAACUUAUGUAGAUAUUUGGCUUAAAUAUAGUUCCUAAGAAGCUUCUAAUAAAUUAUAUACAUUACGAAUAUUCUUUUUUAUUUCCCCCUUUGGUUUCCGCUCCCGACGCUCUUUUCCUUGUAUCUCUCUCCUUUUUCUUCCCUUCCCUCCCCCCGCUUUUUUUUCUUCUUGGUGGAAAAACAACCCGGGAUGUUGCCAGACCCCGGAAGGCCCCUGCCCCUCCUAGGGCCCAGACCCUGUUCCCAAAGGGGAGCUGCGCCAGAGGGUUAACGGGAUACAGGAUCAGUCCUCAGCGUGCAAACAGGACAAGCAAACUCGUGGGAUUCACAAACUCGAGAGCAAAGGAA